AACAAACAGGGGAAUAAUGUGUCCGGAAAUAGGAGGACGUCGUCUCCGAGCAAAACCCCGAAACCGACCGGAAACAACGCAUGGUUCAAGUCGUUGGACAGAUUCGGCAAGAAAAACAAGAGAUCGAAGACAUUCACGUCGGGAAGCGAAAACGAUGACGAGAUCAGGGUGCACAGGGUGAACGAUCGGAACAACUCGAAGGGGACGACCCGGUCGUACCACAGCGUGGGGAACCUCAACUCGCUGGACAUGGACCAGUCACCCAGGCUGACUGCCGACAAGAGACACUCGCUGAUAGAUAGUUCGGCAGGCAGCACGACCGAGGGUGACAGUAGUCAAAAAUCGCACAAAUCCACGGUCUAUCUUCACGCAACCACGGUAGGAGAAAUACCGGAAUCGCGACAGCUGCACCAGUCUGUGUUCGGAGCGAAGAGCAGGCGAGCCGCGAGCCGCGAGGAGCUGUCGUCGCGCAACGACGCGUUCGGCGGUGCUCAGAAGCGCACGUUGUCCCGGUCGGUGUCCGUGCUGGCGCCGUGGGCCCCGCGUCACGGCGAGGGCCGGACCGUGGACUACGACGAGCGCGGCCGGCCACCCAGGGCGCCGUCGUCGGCCAGACACGGUCCAGUCAAGACGACCAAGAGCGACCCGGAAGAGUCAGCUGCGGCGGGCGCGGGCAGGCCCACGUCGGCGGCGCGGACCAAGAACCGACCGCCGAAUCGGGCCAGUUCGGGCGAGGAGUCGUCAUUGCUGGACGAGGUGAUCAUCCGGACCACCAGCCGCACGGGCAAGCUCAUCAAGGACGACCGUUCCACGUCCCGGCAGAUCGGCCGGUCCAUGUCGUCGGCGAACAGGUCGGCCGCGGGUGGCACGUUGACGCGGAUCAAGACGAAAUCGUAGUGAACAACGAUAUUCAGUGUUCUAAAACAAAAAUGACAACAAUAAUAAUAAUAAAAAUAAUAAUAAAAUAAUAAAAUAAUAAUAAUAAUUAUUACAAUAAU